AUGAAUUCGAAGGUGCAGGCAAGACCGUUGGAAGAUGACAUUGGAACUACGCGGUUCACCGUCCAAAGCUCGGAUGUCCUGGCGGACAUGCGAGUGAACAUCACCGAGGAGGGGUCGGAGAGAGUGAUCUGGUACAAGGCAAGUAUCUCCAUCAUCUACGAUGAAAUAGUGGAACACUUCGUUGAGAAUGGAACGUCGACUCUUCUGUGGACUAUUCAUCGUCCCAAACGAGGCUGGUACAUCCGGCUGCGAACGCCGUCUUUCCCUCCGGACGUGUUCAUUCCGCUCCUACCCCUUCCGCAGACCUCUCCAUACUACCUGGACUCUGCGCUGACAUUUGCAUGUCGAAACCCUCCGCCCUUCUCUCUCACCAUAUCGUCCGUCCUAAACUUUGAGCAGUCCCAGGAAACUGCUGAGAAAGACGCGGACAAGACCCAGGAUAUAACCACCCACGAUGUGCCAAAACUCGGUGGGUACGACUUCAAACCUCCGCCGGGCCGUACCGCCACUUCGUCCCCUCCUGCGAAAUCGCCCAUCACGCAUUUCGUGCUCUCGCCUCAAUCGCGGGUCACACCUCAGCAGGCGGAGAGGAGCUCGUUGUUCACGCGGAUGUUCUCUGCGCUGAAGACCAAUGCUCCUGCGCACUCGUACACCUUCGCUCUGUCGCCCAUCCCAGACCCGUGGGCGCCAUCGACACCAUCCGCGCAAGGGCAGUAUCGCGAUGCAGCGCCGUCAACGCCCAUCCCCUUGCUCACCUUUUUCGACCAGACACCGGUUUGGACGGUUAACUCGGUGUCAGGCGUGAUUGAAAUCGACAUGAAACUCGUCCGGUCGCUCGGAGUGGAGACGAGCUUCUACAUAGCUGUCGCGUUGACCUACCUCGACUUCGUGUCAGACAGGGAGAGUUACCUCGCCGCGUUAAAUGACUGA